AUGAAAGAGGCGUUUCAGCAGGAGUUGAUGAGACGAUUUAAAGAAAAAGAAGAGAUACGCAAAAUGAAAGAAGCGUAUCAGCAGGAGAUGAUCAGACAAUUCAAAGAAAGGGAAAAGAUGCGCCAAAUUAAAGAAGCGUAUCAGCAGGAGUUGAUGAGGCGAUUAAAAGAAAACGAGGAGUUGCACCGAAUGAAAGAAGCGUUUCUGCGAGAGCUAAUGACGUACCACAGGAAGAAACAAGAAGACAAGGAAUGCUUUGUUCCGAGAAAGCUAUUUCUCUUUAAUAUUGACACAUUCAUCUGUCCUCAAAUGAUCUCUCUAUCUUUGGUCAUAAUGGAUGUCUCCGCUGGGAAACGUGGUAGAGUGUGGUCCUGAAAGCCCUGGGGGUACAGAUGAGAGAAGCUAUCUGUGACCAACCAUGUAUACCAGCGACAUUUAUCUCUUGAGGAUUACCCUUUCUCCUGUCGGCUGUGCCAAUUCACCGCUUUUCAGAGGACCAAGUUUGUAUAACAUGGGAAAUGGUAUUUGGAGAAUAAGAUGCGGGUGGCAGACGGCCCAGAGCCUCCUGUGAGCUCAUACCUUCAGAUGAGAGACAACACCGCCAUGCUGGAGGAGAUGACGGUGGUGCUGUUUGUGGAGGAAUCGUAGAGGCACUGGGAGUCCCGCAGGCGACCAUCCAGUCUUCCUCCCCCUGAUGGUCCUCCAGUUUCCCUGGCCGCCGCCGCCGUACCACUUAGUGUGACCUCGUUGCCGCCUGUGCCCGUUUUCCUC